AUGGGUCCAAAGAUUCCAAAAGGUCAUGCUAGAGUGUUUUGGGGUUUGGACGAAACGGAUUAUACUGGCGUUGCAGUAGUUGGCUUGGGAAAAUCGAAUCUUGGUAUCAAUGUAUUAGAAGAAAUUCAUGAAGGAAAAGAAAGCGUACGUGCAGCUGCAGCAGCUGGCUGUCGUGCGUUAAAUGCUCUUGAAAUAAAAGAUAUAAAUCUAGAACCAUUAGGAGAUGCAGAAGCAGCAGCAGAAGGAGCUGGUCUUUGUACAUGGUAUUAUCAAGGUUUAAAAAAUAAACAAAAACGUGAAACAUUACCACAAGUUUCUCUUUUUGGCGAAGAAGGCCAAAAUGAGUGGCAGAAAGGAAUUAUUAAGGCUUCAGCACAAAACUGGGCACGAAAACUUGCUGAUACACCAGCUAAUUUAAUGACACCUACAAUAUUUGCAAAUGAAGUCUUUUCGACUCUAAACACAUUAAAAAUCAGUGUGAAGAUUCAUGACAGAGAAUGGGCAAAACAAAAAAAGAUGGGCUCUUUCUUAAGUGUAUCACGUGGUAGUUGUGAGCCACCUAAAUUUCUAGAAAUUAAUUAUAAAGGUACUGAUAGUAAUGAGGCUCCAAUAGCGUUUGUAGGUAAAGGUGUUACUUUUGAUGCUGGUGGAAUUAGCAUAAAGCCUUCUUCUGAUAUGGAUGAAAUGCGCGCGGAUAUGAGUGGAGCAGCAUGUGUAGCAGCAUCUAUAAAAGCAGCUGCAGAGCUGAAAUUAAAAGUAAACAUUAUUGGUUUAGUUCCACUUACGGAAAAUUUACCAUCUGGAUCUGCAACAAAACCUGGCGAUCUUGUUGUUGCAAUGAAUGGAAAAAGCAUUAUAGUAGACAAUACGGACGCGGAAGGCAGACUUAUACUUGCAGAUGCUCUUUGUUAUGCUCAUGAAUUCAAGCCGAAAUUUAUUUUGGAUAUUGCAACAUUAACAGGAGCUAUGAGAAUCACGCUAGCUGGUGCAGCUACAGGUGUAUUUAGUAAUAAUGCUGAACUUUUUGAAACUUUAAAACAAGCUGGCAUGUUUUCUGGUGAUAGGAUGUGGAGAUUUCCACUGUGGCAAUGUUAUACAGAUGAAGUAACAAAAAAAGUUAAAGCAGCAGACGUUAAUAAUGUUGCAAAAUGUAAAGGUGGCGGAUCCUGUACUGCCGCAGCUUUCUUACGUGAAUUUGCAGGAAAUGAUGUUCCAUGGAUGCAUUUAGAUAUUGCAGGAGUAAUGGGUCCUGGAAAUGAUGAGUUACCAUAUAUACCGGCAGGAAUGACAGGGCGUCCUACUCGUACCCUUAUUCAAUUUUUACAAUUGAUUUCUUGCACUUCCUAA